CAUACUGACGCUGCAUGUGCUGCAGCACGCCGUUAUAGCUUUACCUUGGAUUUAUGUGAUUUUAGGACCUUUUCGUUGUGAUUAACCUAACAGUAGGGAUCAUGUUCAUAAGAUGACAUUCAGGUUACCAGUUCAAUGGUCCUUUUACUUAGAAGAACCCUGUUGCAAAUAUUCCUUAUGAGAAGCACUAGAUAAAUUUCACUAUGUGAGAAUUAGCUCUUCAAGGAUUUGCAUUUGGAUAAUGGAAUAGCUUAGAAUAGCCUUACUCUGUGGAAUACUCUCAUAAGGAUGACACAUCCCAGCGUUCAUAUCCUCGUCGGAUUUAUACUACUCUGUCACGGCGUACUGGAAGUCCACCAUGAAUCCACCGAUGUGAUGGUUACCAUUAGCAAUGGACGAAUACGUGGAAGUCGGGUGGUAUUUGAUGAUAAAGCAGCCUGGCAGUUUCUUGGAAUACCUUUUGCAAAGCCUCCAGUUGGAAAGCUUCGGUUUCUGGCACCCGAGCCUGCAUCUCCCUGGAGCCCGGAGACCUACAACGCUACAUCGUUCAAACCAGCGUGUAUGCAGGAGACGACCCUUGAGAAUGAUGUGAAUGAGCUGGAGUCUGUGGAGGAGAUCGAAUACAGCGAGGAUUGCCUCUAUCUCAAUGUAUUUGCUCCAACAAACAAUGACUCGACCUCUGACCUCCUUCCUGUCAUCGUCUUCAUCCACGGAGGAGAAUACUCCUAUGGUUCUGCCCAUGGUUACCUUGGAUACCCCUUAGCAACCACAGGGGUCGUCGUGGUAACCAUACAAUACAGGCUUGGUCCUUUUGGUUUUCUGUCCACCAUUGAUCCAUCAGUCGCCGGCAAUGCUGGCAUGUUCGAUCAGAUCAUGGCGUUAAAGUGGGUCCAAAAGAACAUCAAGUCUUUCCACGGGAAUCCAGAGAUGGUUACACUCUUUGGUCAUAACAGUGGUGCUACAUCAGCAUGUCUGCAUAUGCUCUCUCCAUUAUCUCAGGGUCUGUUCCACCAGGUCAUAGCAAUAGGUGGCGUUGCCAACACACCCUGGGCCGUUAAAAACUGGACAAUGGCAGCAUACUAUUCCAGCGUCCUGAUGCGCUACGUCAGAUGCAAGGAUGAUGUUGAGGGGAACAUUUUGGAGGAACUUGAAUGUAUGAGGAAGACAAAUACAAGUCGGUUGCUAGAAUUUAGCAAAAAGCAGGUCCUAUACAUUGCCGACACCCUGCCAUGGUUCCCGAUCAUUGGCGGUCCCGGAGACAAUCGAUUCUUACCUCGGGAUUUAGAGACGUUGGCAAAGGAACCACGUCAUUCACGACACAUCAACGUCAUGGUUGGGUUGAGUAAAAACGAGGGACAGUAUUUAUUUGAAAGGGAGAUUAGGGAUCAUCACAACCAUGGCGAGCGUGUUCUCGAGUAUCUCAAUGCGACUGUUCAUGACAGUGUCAUCAAGCUCUUCCUGUCCAGACGAAUCGAAUUCAACAUGGAUGCCAUCUUUUCCAUUACUAAACAUAAAUAUACAUAUUGGCCUCGCCUCAGAGACGAGGAAAUGUUCAGACAGCAACUUAUUCAGCUGUACACAGAUUAUUUUUACCUCGCUCCCAUGACCAAGUUCCUCCAAGAGCACAGUCUGUAUGCUCCAUCUUAUAUGUAUCUCUUUGAUUAUCAUCCCGACCCAAAUCACCCAGGGGCUAAACAAGGUGCUGAAUUAAAAUACGUUUUUGGAAUACCGUUCUUAGAAAACGAUCUCAAAAAGUUGCCAAAAAAAGACAAAAAUAAAAACGUUAUAGAAUAUAAACCAGGCGCUGAAGAGGGCAAAAUAAACUCAGGAACAACGAAAGGUGAUCCAAUAUUACCAGAGGAAGAGGGCAUAGAAUUUGUGCCGUUGGAUCGAGAAGGCAGUGGUGAGACAAGCCUUCCUUUUAGUACUACUAAUAAGCCCACAGAACAUGCCUCUACUACAACUUCAGCGCCCCGUCAAACUGUUGGCACGACAACAGUGGGAAAAAACUUUUCUGAUUUUAAUGUGACAGAUUCUACGUUGGAAAGUGAGGUGAUGAAUAAGACGGAUGUACGAUUGCGACGGCAGGUUGGGGAUCCAGAAUACAAAGCUGCCGAGAAAAGGAUGAGUCUCUUUAUGAUGGAUUUAUGGAAGAAUUUUGCAAAAUAUGGGUACCCGACCCUGCGUGAAGAUGACAACACCAGUUGGCUGCCGUUCUCCCCUCAUCAGUGGAACUAUGCGUGGAUUAGAGAGCCUGCCGUCCAUAUAAGACACAGCUAUCGCCAUGACAAGGUGGCACUGUGGAAUGUCUACUAUCCAAAACUUACUAUCAUUCCAGCCGACCUACCUCAGGAGCCUCUGCGAUUCGAGUUCAACAUCUAUCAGGCCAUAAUGUGGUGUCUGUUAGCCGUCAUCCUCGCCCUCCUUGCACUUGUCUACUACGUGACGAGAGCGUCUCUGAAACGGCGGAAGGAGCCGUCACGGUUUGCUGACCAGAGUCGUUACUUGACAUUAUCUAUGCAGCGAAUGACAUGAGAGGUUUUAACUUUGCUGGCAAAGGCAGCCUAUUAACAUCAAAUGUCAGGGAAUCUUUCAAACACUGUAUGCAACAUUGACCAGCUAUACAUUGUUAUGGGUCUUUGAUAUGUAGACAUUACCCUGUGGUAUCUCAAAGCAAGGCCUACUAGUCUUCACCUAUGACUUUUAUAUGUGAAUAUAUGAUAUCACACGUAAAAGUACACGUGAAUUCUCAAAUUUUGAGUGUCGUCAUAGUUUGACACCCUUUUGAAUUUUAAACAUUUCAAGUCCAAUUGACACGAUUGAUUAUUUGCAUUCUACAAUUGCAAUGAUCUUUUAUCAAAGAAAUUUGACUGCUUAUGGUAGUUUUGGAUGGACAUUUCUUGUGAAAUGUAUCUGUUAUAAUGUACUGAAUCUAAUGGACUUGUGAUGGUGCUUUGAAAGUGUGAUACUAGUCCUGUCUUCAAUACUGUGACUCGGAUGGUAUUUCCAAGUUCUAGUCCAGUCAAAAAUACUGUGUAUUUGAUUGUAUCUCUAAUAGGCCUAUUCUGUGAUUGCUUUUGUAUAGCUAUGCAUUCUGUGGUCAAAGUUGACCAAAACACCAUCAUGCUUUCAGUGUAAUGCUAGUCAGAAACCAGUGUUAUGGGUUAAGCAUAAGUUAUUGUGUAUUCUGUUGUAGGUUUUAUUUGUAAUUUAUCUCAUUAGAAAUAAAACAUUUUGAUCAA